GACGAGUUGUUAUUAUUGUAUAGUAUGACACUCCGAUCGGCUCGGACACUUGUACACUGUAAUAUAACUAUAUAGUAUCACGUAAAAGCGGUGCACGCACGGACGCUGAGUCGGCUCGUUCUCCCAACUCCGGUUCACGGUCACUCGCUCACUCGUCGUACCCGUCAGCCGUCUGUCGUUAGAACACAACUUCACGGGGUCAUCAAUGAUGUCCGUUGAUGACGGAGAGUCGUCGGUGGCAGCGAUUCGGUAGGACUGCGCUAAACCCGUAGGUCUCCCGCCGUAAUCGCCAUUAUAAACGUCGACAACAGCGAACGGCCCUCGACGACAACGACGACGAUAUCGUCGUACGAUCGUCUUUUGCGGAGAUCGAUCAUUACGACCGUUCAUGGUGCCCGUCGUGUGAUUAACGGCGACGGAGUGGAGGUCAACGUCGCGCGUCGCCGUCGCCGUCGCCGCCAAUUCAAGGCGAACGUGUAUUCGUCAUAAGUUUAUAAACGGCCAGUAGGUCGCUAGUAGCCGACUCUCACGGUCUCUGCACAACGGCGACUGGCUGAGCGACGAUGGUCGGGAUCGUCUGAUCGUCGCGCUUCUCAUUCGUCGGUGGACCGCGACAGUGGACCGAGGAGCGACCACAACGACCAACGGACCCGGGGUCGUGCGGCGCGGCGGCGGUGUCGGCUACGACGUCGGCAUCGGCUUCGUGACAUAGGGCAGACCAACAGUUUUUUUCUCCGUUGUAACUGCUGAACCGUACUGCUCGGGGCCUGUUCAAUUCCAUCCGUUGAUCGUCGACCACGGACACGAACGAUCACUUAUACUCGGCGUAUCACUGCACUCGAGCAGGUAACAAGACAGUUCAUGUGUAUUGAUUAUAUAGAUAGUGUUACAAUCUGAAUACGGUGUGUGCACCUGCAUAACAACAAGUGAUAAAAGGCUGUGUUUGGUAGCUAACCAAAUAAUCAUCAACAAAAUUGUUAUGUUUACGGCGGCGCGGCGUUGCGUUUCUAACGCCCUGUCUGGUGUGUCAGUGUGCGGCUGUAAUCGAUAUAGCCCUAAUACAAUUGCUGGUUGUUAUAUUAGGAAGUUAACUAGAACUGCCAAUAAUGGCGGUGGUGGCUUUAAAGCUGUUAUCACAACAGCUCUUCUAUUCAUCAUGGGUGCAUUAUACUGUCUAUAUGGUACUGGUGGCAGUACAGGUAGCACAGUGACACCUGUUGCUUUUAGCCAACAAUCAUUAGGAAGCAGUGAUUCGAUAAUCGGAGUGAAUCCAGAUGCAAUUGCAGACGUAGCGACAAUGAAUGGUGGAAACUCGAACACAAACCUGGCUUGUGGUGGUAACAACGGUAAGAAGCGACGAAGAAAACAGCAAAAGAUAAAACCACCGAAUGGUGUGGUGACAGCUGCUGAUAUGUACGAGCCCGGUUUUCGUAUACGAAACGCAGGCCUCUGUUCAACUAACACUAGAUUAUUAAUACUGAUUACUUCAGCAGCGGCUCCAGCGCACUCUCAAAAUCGACAAGCCAUUCGUAUGACAUGGAUGAACCGAUAUGGUCCAAGUGUGAGUAUGGCGUUCCUAGUAGGUACACCACAGAUGUCUGAGACAGACCCAGUGGCCCGAGUGCUGGAGGCCGAAGAACAAGCGCUAAAGACCCGUUUAAAUCGACAUGAUAUCAACAAUAACAUCAAACCAAAAGAAAAGGCUAAUUCCAAGUCAUCAGCAGCUGUGGCCUCUGCAGCGGCAGAUUCGGUGGUAGAACCACUGAAUGAUGCUUCUGGUCGUUCUCGAAUUUCGCCAGGCCGAGAACCAAAUCCUGGAGAAGGCUUAGAUGCGCAUGCUAUGCAUGGACUAAACGAAGCAGAACGGGCGGUGCAACGAGUAUUAGGUCGAGAAUAUGGUCGGUAUGGUGAUUUAGUAGAGUGCCAGUCUCGAGACACUUACACCAACUUGACCCUGAAAUCUAUCGCUGCACUCGAAUGGACCCGUCAAUAUUGUCCGUGGGCUCGGUAUCUAUUAAAAACAGACGACGACAUGUUCAUAGAUGUACGUAGAUUAUUGCGGUUCAUCAACAAAGUGGAAACCGAAACUGUUACGGAAUCCAAUGUCGGUGGACUUCAUCCUCGUCCCCUUGAGCCCAUACAUGACCCAUAUGAAUUAUUCACCUUAGGUGCGGAUAUGUUUGAGUCUGUAACCACCCCUAGUUUUGAUAUUGAACUUCCACCUACCAUAUGGGGUCGAUUAGCACAUGGAUGGCGUCCGAUUCGACAACAUAACAGUAAAUAUUAUGUUUCCCGUACGCAAUAUACUGGUCGAGUGUAUCCUGAUUUCUGCACGGGGCCCGCAUACCUUAUGACUAGGUCGGCAGUUAGCCCUCUAUACGAGGCGGCACUAGGCAAAGAUUUUGACGUGGUCGAUGAUGAAGAUGAAGAUGGUAAUCAGGAAAACAAAAAAAAUACGAACGAAGAAGAUGAAGGUCCGGAAACCAAAACAUACUUAGGAAAAGAUUGUGGCGACGGUAAUCAGACUUUAGAUGUCGAUGAUGAUAAAGCAUCAUCGAAUACAUAUGUUAGCAAAAAUACCGUGCCAUACUUGAAAUUAGAGGAUGUAUACUUAACCGGAGUAGUGGCUGAGCGACUAACGCGUCGGGCGACCGAGCGACAGGCGCGCCGAGAGCUCAAAGAAAAAGCAAAACUCGCUUUAAGUAACGGUAAUCAUAGCCAAAAAUCAAAUGAUGGUAAAGUAGUAACCAAUCACGAUAGUGGUAAAAAUACGAGACUGAAAACGACAGAUAUAAUUGUGAAGGUGCGACGAAUUCACGAUGAUCAAUUCGCAAACAAGAAAAUCACUGGUCGCGCAUUGGAUCGAGCUGUGUGCAAUGGUCUAAGCCCCAGCGAUAAUGUAGGUACUAGUGGAAGCAGUGGAUUUAGUUGGUUCCGAUGGUAUUGGGGUGAUACAGCGUUGGACAAGGAUAUAAAAAAGAAGAAAAAAGAUCAAGGAGUAAUUUCCUUGCACAUGGUUAAGUAUUACGAGCAGUUUGAUCUGUGGCGACGGCUAAUGGACGGCAGGACUAAGUGUAAGUCUUAACGCUCGUAUUCUACGAAUUUGUGAAUUUUUUUUUUUACUGUAAGGCAACCGUAACUAUAGCUUCUGUGUAUAUUAUAAACGCAGCAUAUACAUAGUCUCCUAGGUUAUUGUUUUUGUACUUUUGUUUCAGCUCGCAAUAUUCUCAAUAUUUAUUUUUGUAUUGACGACUUAAAAAUUAUCCCUUCCGGCUUCCAUAAUUUUUUUUACCGUUACAGAUGCCGGUUAAAAAUAUUAAUACCCACGUGAAGUAAUUAAACCUAAGUAAUUAGGUUCUAUUUUUACAAAUGAUGUAUAAUUUUUUUUAUUUAUGUGUUUGUAUAUGAACACUGAUCAGAAUGCAAAGAACAUUUAUUUAUAUCUGAUAAACAGGCAUUCAUUUUGAUUCCUAGUUAUAAUUAUGAUAUGAAUAUCAUUUUUAUAUCCCAGAGUGGUUUACUUAUUUAUACCAUAUUACCAUGUAUUCAAUUCUGUGUAUUAAAGUAUUAUUGUUGUAACAAAACCAUAAGCAUUAUAGUAUAUAUAUUUUAUUUUUCAUUGUUAUCAUUAAGUACUAUUCUUCUUGGUCCCCUUACUAAUAAUUUUUUUUUAAUUUAAUUUAAGACUCAUGCCAUGACGCAAAAACUCGUACAAACAAUGAUAUACUAUUAUGUUUAUACAUAUUUCUUUUUUAUAUCCACACCUAUUUUUUGUUGUACUAACGUCAGGACCCACUAUUCCACUAUGAACAAAUAAAACCCCACCACCAUUUAUAGGAUUAUUAUUUUAUGUUAUAUUUUUUUUUAUUUUAUAUAAUAUAUUAGAUAUUUAUAUUUAUAUAGUUGACAAAUUGUAACAAAAUUUAUUUUAUAGACUAAAUACAUAUGAAUGGUAUGUUUUAUUAAGAUGUAUAAUUCUUAUGCAAUAAAUAAUUUUAAAAUGGUCGCGAUAAUCAAACUAUAUUAUAUGUAACUAUAUUAAAAUAGUUAAAAUUUUAAGGAAAAACUAAAUA